GUGCAGCACACUAUUCUUCCAUUUGUUGCAAAAGAACUCAAUGACUUGAGUGUACCAAAUAUCAAUGGAAACAUCAAGACUCCACUGGGGGAUGUACAGUAUGAUCUCUCCAAGUAAGUCUACAUCCUUGUUUUUAUGAAUGGAAAAGACUGAGGAGAAGAGGACAGAUAUGAUCCUGUUUGAAAAAUUGCAUGAAUGCAUCCUUUGAAAAACCUUACAUCUUCCAAGUGUUCCAUUGAAGAAGUGGAAUGCUCUAAGGACACAUUUGGAGAAGGCAUUGGGAUUUACUAGCAAGACUUAGUCCUUUUGGGAUGUGGAGCCAAAGAGGAGGAUUAUGCACAUUUAAACAAAAAGUCUUCGCAGUAAUGUACAUUUUUUUUUUCAGGAUCAAGUUAUCAAAUGUGGUGAUUCAGAAGUCCAAUAUGUCUUUGAUACCAGAGCAUGGCUUAAAGCUUUUGGCUGAUCAUGCCUCAGGGAAUGUUGAAGCUGCCUGGCACUAUAAGGAAAGUGCGUGGUAAGCAAGGACGAACAAUAUGGCUGAGUGGUCAGUAUGUGGGCCUCGCACCCUGGAGGUUUUGGGUUUGGGUCCCAGUCUAACCACUGGCUGCAUUUGUUUUUAGUCAAGUUCCAAGUCCACUUCCUCUGCUGCAUGCUUGUAAAUUGCUAACCAGUUACCUCCUGCAAGCUGUGGCUUUCAGUUCUACAAAUUUACUUUCUACUGAGAGAUAGUAAUAAAAAAAUAAUUAUUACUUAAUAAUAAUAAUGAUAAUAACAAUAAUAAUAAUAAUAAUAAUAAUAAUAAUAAUAAUAAUAAUAAUAAUAAUAAUAAUAGUACACUUUAUUUAAAGAGGGUAGCACAGAAUAGUUACAGAAACCAGUAAACUUGUGGCCCUCUAUCUAAAUUAAAAUUACAAAAAAAAAAAUAAGAUUCCAAAUAUACAAUGUCUAAGUACAAAAUGAAUAAAACUAAGGAAAUAUAGAAGUUUGUUUUAAUAUCCAACUUAAGUGUCUGGAAACCGGCCAGAGUAACAGUAACAGUCCUUGCGUUUAACGUUGUUUCUUUUCCUGUCUAGGCCGCAUAUUUCUGAUUCAGGAACAUGUGUGCUGUCAGUCAAAGAUCUUUCACUUGGAAUGGCUUUUUAUGUUGACGGUUAGUUAUAAUAUACCCAACUCGAGGCUGAGUCAUCAUGUGAUACAAAGAUAUUACCACAUGCAUCAGGAAUCAUUAUAUGUUUCUGGGAAACUGCCCACCUACCCCUCCCCUAAGGCAACAUUUUGCCCUAACUGAGAAGUAAGUAUUAAUGUUGGCUUAGGGGAAGGGUAGGUGGGCACUUUCCCAGAAACGCAUAAUGAUCCGGCAUGGAUCAUCAGCACAUAAAAAGAAACAUGCUGUUACAAUGGUGCAGUGAUGUGCCACUCAACAGGUUCUGUACCUGCAUACACUUGUUUUAUCUGUACAUCAGCCCUUAAAAAUAGGUUCAAAGUAAACAUCUUUUCCAGUCUAGGGUUUUGAAGUGCCAUAAUUAGAUCUGACAAGACUAGCGGUGGGUGACUAUUUUUUUUUCUUUUUUUGGCUAAAAGGUGAUUUGGAAACAAAGGAUGCCAAGGUCAGUGCAAAGGAUUGCUCAAUAAACAUCGGCACCUUACAUGUCAAAUUCAAAGGAGGAGCAAGGUAAUGACCAAUAAUUUGUUUCUCAUUGGAUUUUCGACAAAAGAAAAUUAAAUAAAUAAUGUACAGUUAAAUAACCUACAGUUCUUAUGUUUAAGAUCCUGGUGUGAGGGAAAUUUGCCAGUCUUAGCUAUCUACCCUCAAUAUAAUAAUCUUAAUAUUCAACUGCCCUCAUUGUGGUCACCCAUGGGACUGCUGGUGGGUGUCUGUGGUUGUUAACGCCCUUAGUGGGACUUAAUUUCUUUCAAACGUUAGUAGCGAGGCAUCCUCAAGACAAGUCUUCAGCCAUUGUACCUAUGAGCUUUUUUCAGCUGGUCAGUCAUGUACGAAUUAAAAUACCAUGCUGGGAAGCACAACAAACAAACAAAGCCAGGGUUUUCAUUAAGAAUUUUAGUAGCAGGAGAAGCAUGUAAUGUUACCAGAGAAUAUUUUGAAAGCGGCUACAUGUCUGAAUAAUAAAGUGUCCUACACUACCAAAUAUUAGCUGGAGAAUUCAGUGCAGUAAACGGGGAAUUCUCCAAUCUCUGAUGCCUAAUGAACACUCUGAACAAACCACUGUGACAACACAAAGAAAACUAGCAUUUUAAAUGAUGUAAGCUCUUUGUUUGUCUUAUGGCAGUGUGUCCCUUGCAUUCUGGCAUGAUGUUUCUGACCAGCUGCAAAGCAUGCCUAUUGGUCUAUAAUUCUACAAUGAGGAUUUGUAGAUUUAGACUUAAUUCUAGUCUUCAUUGAUUUCAACUUGUUCCAAAAACAAACCAAAAAAAAGGUCUAUAUGCAAUUACCCACAACAAAGUGCAGCGUGAUUUAUUAUAAACAUAAGAGAGGUUAAAAUAAAAUGAUUGAUUUUCUCUGCAGCUGGCUUUAUAACAUGUUUGCUGAUGGAUUGGCAUCACACCUAAAAGAUCAACUGACCAAACAGGUUAGAAAUUCCUUCAAUAAUAUUAUAGUUGUAAUAUUUUGGCUACACGGUUUUCUUUUGAAAGCUUAAAAAAUAAAUUUUUCUAUAUGAACCAAUAUAAACUCUGUUCUCUGUUCUAUUUCUCACAAGUCAACAGAUGUAGACAUGAAUCAGAUACUUGCACAAAUUUAAAGAAGCUUCGGUUUAAACUUCUUAAUUAAUUUUUACUAUUUUUCUGAUAAAGAUAUGUGAUGCAGCUAUCAACAUGAUUGACUCCAAAGCUACCAAGACGCUGAAUACAUUUCCAAUGAUUAUGAGGAAAUUUGCCACGGCAUAUAUGCAUUAA